GGGCGGGGCAGCCGCGACCGCGGGCUUCAGGCAGGGCUGCAGAUGCGAGGCCCAGCUCUACCUCACGGAUCCACGGUCGGGAGUCGGAGACGCAGGUGCAGCAGAGGGCGGGGCAAGUAGCGUAUUUCCAGCGCAUUUUCUCUUUGCAUUCUCGAGAUCGCUUAGCCGCGCUUUAAAAAGGUUUGCAUCAGCUCCGAGUCCAUCUGACAAGCGAGGAAACUGAGGCUGAGAAGUGGGAGGCGUUGCCAUCUGCAGGCCCAGGCCACCUGCUACCGGAAGACCGGGGACCAAGACCUCUGGGUUGGCUUUCCCAGACCAGCUCGGGUCUUCGGGUGUCGGGAGCAAGGGCCCUGCUCCUUUCGUUCCCUGCACCCCUGGCCGCUGCAGGUGGCUCCCUGGAGGAGGAGCUCCCACGCGGAGGAGGAGCCAGGGCAGCUGGGAGCGGGGACGCCAUCCUCCUGGAUAAGAGGCAGAGGCCGGGAGGAACCCCGUCAGCCAGGCGGGCAGGAAACUCUGGGAGCAGCCUCAUGGAAGAGAAGCAGAUCCUGUGCGUGGGGCUAGUGGUGCUGGACGUCAUCAGCCUGGUGGACAAGUACCCUAAGGAGGACUCGGAGAUAAGGUGUUUGUCCCAGAGAUGGCAGCGUGGAGGCAACGCGUCCAACUCCUGCACCGUUCUCUCCCUGCUCGGAGCCCCCUGUGCCUUCAUGGGCUCGAUGGCUCCUGGCCAUGUUGCUGAUUUUGUCCUGGAUGACCUCCGCCGCUAUUCUGUGGACCUACGCUACACGGUCUUUCAGACCACAGGCUCCGUCCCCAUCGCCACGGUCAUCAUCAACGAGGCCAGUGGUAGCCGCACCAUCCUAUACUAUGACAGGAGCCUGCCAGAUGUGUCUGCUACAGACUUUGAGAAGGUUGAUCUGACCCAGUUCAAAUGGAUCCACAUUGAGGGCCGGAACGCGUCGGAGCAGGUGAAGAUGCUGCAGCGGAUAGACGCACACAACACCAGGCAGCCUCCAGAGCAGAAGAUCCGGGUGUCCGUGGAGGUGGAGAAGCCACGAGAGGAGCUCUUCCAGCUGUUUGGCUAUGGAGACGUGGUGUUUGUCAGCAAAGAUGUGGCCAAGCACUUGGGGUUCCAGUCAGCAGAGGAAGCCCUGAAGGGCUUGUAUGGUCGUGUGAGGAAAGGGGCUGUGCUUAUCUGUGCCUGGGCUGAGGAGGGCGCCGACGCCCUGGGCCCCGAUGGCAAAUUGCUCCACUCGGAUGCUUUCCCGCCACCCCGUGUGGUGGAUACCCUGGGAGCUGGAGACACCUUCAAUGCCUCCGUCAUCUUCAGCCUCUCCCAGGGGAGCAGCAUGCAGGAAGCACUGAGAUUCGGGUGCCAGGUGGCCGGCAAAAAGUGUGGCCUGCAGGGCUUUGAUGGCAUCGUGUGAGAGCAAGUGCGGCAGGAGGUGCCGGCUCCCCGCACGCCAUGGAGGUUACCAUUGCGGCUGCAUCGCCUUCUCCCCUCCAUCCAGCCCGGCGUCCAGGUUGCCCUGCUCAGGGGACAGAUGCAGGCUGUGGGGAAGACUCUGCCUGUGUCCUGUGUUCCCCACACACCUCUCCCUGCAGAGCCUCAGAGCAAAUAAAUCUUCCUCAGAGCCAGCUUCCCCUGGCAGUUUGUCCUCAAUGUCUGAACUGCUCUGGCUGGGCAUUCCUGAGGCUCUGACUCUUCGGUCCUCCCUCUUUGUGUCCAUUCCCCAAAUUAACCUCUCCGCCCAGGCCCAGAGGAGGGGCUGCCUGGGCUAGAGCAGCGAGAAGUACCCUGGGCUUGCCACCAGCUCUGCCCUGGCUGGGGAGCACACUCAGUGCCCCACACCCAGUGAACCUGCCAAAGAAGCCGUGAGAGCUCUUCAGGGCCCUGCGUUGUGCAGACUCUAUUCCCAUAGCUGAGAAGCUGGGAGUCCACACCGCUGAGCUAAACUGACAGGCCAGUGGGCGUGGUGGGGGGGCGCCUCCUCUGCCCUGCCCACCAGCCUGUGAUUUGAUGGGGUCUUUGUUGUCCAAAAAUAUCUCCUCCCGCUGACUGCCCCAGAACCUGAAAGUCUCACCCUUGGAAUUAAGGGGAUGCCUCAGCCACAAAUGUGACCCAGGAUACAGAGAGUUGCUGUCCUCAGGGAGGUUGGAUCUGGAACACACUGGAAUUGGGGCCAACUCCAAUAUAGGGUGGGUAAGGCCUUACAAUGUAAAGAGCAUAUAAUGUAAAGGGCUUUAGAGUCAGACAGACCUGGAUUCAAAUCUGUCAUUUAAUUAACUGCAUGUCACCUUAGGGUACAGCACUUAACGCAGUCUGCCUCAAUUUCUUUAUCUGUCAAAUGGAGCCAAUUCUGCUUGGCUACAGAAUUGUGAGGAUAAAAUCAUAUAUAAAAUGCCCAGCAUGAUG